CUGCCACCAUAGCACUGCUGUUAUGACAACUGCCAAACCAAAACACUGCAAUGAAACAUCUCAUUUUCAGCCUGCUGUGCCUGACAGUGGCCGAGGGACUCUUGAGAGUCCCUCUCAGCAGUCGCAAAGAGAUUUACGAAGAGCUCCAGAGAAGAGGAGCGCUAGAUGGUGUGCAUCACCAACUUAGUGCAGACAACAUGUACUCAGAAGACCUUCUCAACCUGCAGGAUAUGUCAUACUUUGGUAAAAUCGAUGUGGGGACCCCGGCUCAGACCUUCUACGUCCACUUUGAUACUGGAUCCACCACCCUCUGGGUCAACUCCAUCUACUGCACGAGUGAAGCCUGCACACACCACUCACUCUUCAACCCCCAGAAGUCCUCGACCUACUACAGCUACAAUGAGAAGUUCUCCAUUACGUAUGGAACUGGAAGCCUGACUGGCGUCAUUGGCUAUGACACCGUGUCUAUGGGGGAUCUUGCCGUCAAGAAGCAAAAGAUAGGCCUGAGUGUGACGGAGCCCGGCAGCCACUUUGCCAGACCUCUGCAUGACGGCAUCAUGGGAUUGGCCUUCAAACCUGACCAGCAGACCAUCGUGGACACCAUGAUCUCAGAGGGCCUCAUCCAGGAGCCCAUCUUUGCCUUCUACCUAAGCAGGAACUCUGAGCGUGGCAGUGAGGCUGUGUUUGGCGGCACAGAUCCCACUCAUUACCAGGGCGAGAUCAACUGGGUCCCCGUGGCCCGGGACAGCCACUGGCAGCUGGUGUUCGAGGGGUUUGAGGUCAACCACCACGCUACCGGCUGGUGCAACACUGGCUGCUCUGCUAUCGUGGAUACUGGCACCUCGCUGCUGGAGGCCCCCCCUCAGUACGUGGAUGGACUUCAUGCCAUGCUGGGAGCCUACAAGGAUGACAGUGGCGAUUAUGUGUUUGACUGCAGCAUUGUAAGCAGCAGGCCAACCUUAACCUUCAUCAUGAACGGCGCCCACCUCCACCUUCCCCCCUCUGCUUACGUGCUUCAGAAACAGGACUCGGAUGGGAACCAGUACUGCAUGAGUGGGAUCAAGAAGUCCCAUGAGAGCUACAGGGAUGGACUUCCCUACUGGAUCCUGGGCGACGUGUUCCUACGCCAGUUCUACUCCGUCUUUGACCAAGGCAACGGUAGAGUGGGCUUUGCCCAGCUUGCUUAGAGUCAACUGCAAACUGGGCAAAAGUACUUUGGUGCAUUGUGUGUUUGUAGGAAACCAUGAUGGAUUUUCAUGACCGAAUGAACCUGAGCUUCUUCCUUUGCGUCUUCAAUAAAGUGUUUGUCAGCACCACA